AUGAGCAUUUUUGGGCCUACCAUAUCUUGGGACCCUCGUGAGCCACUCCCGCUCGAGCUGCAGCGUCAAAAAGGGAGCCUGACAGCCAGAAAAUACGACGCAAGUCCUAUCAAGCGCGCCAUCACUGGAAAUGCCCCAUUUGUUAUGAACUAUGUACAGGCCCAGCCCGAAAAUCUAGCGGUAAAACAAGAUAAAUUACCAGAUCUUACCACAGAAAAAGAUGGACAGAACCUGCUUGCACCUUGGUCAAUCGAAAUCGACGCGUCUAUUGUGCAGGACACUGCAAGUGUUCAGGUCACUCAAGUGUUUUGGAAUAACUCUACUACACUCAUCCCUCAAGGAACGUACACGUUCCCUCUUCCGGCAGGAUGCAGUGUGACGGAAUUCACCUGCCAGAUUGGGUCAAGGGUAUUGAAAGGAACUGUGAAACCCAAGAAAGAGGCCCAGGAGGCCUUCAAUGAGCAUGUUGCCGCUGGCCGCAUGGUCGGCUUGCUAAACCAGGACACAACGGAAAUCUUCAGCGCUACGUUAGGAAACAUCCCCCCAGAUACAAGAGUGACGGUCAAGAUAUCAUACAUCACUUUGCUCAAGUAUCACUUGGUCUCUGGUGAAGAGAAUAAGGAGACAUCGACGUUUACCAUUCCGACUUGUCUUGCCAGCCGAUACGGACCACAGCCAAGAUUUACAGGCACAACCACCACAGAUGUCAAGCAAGGACUUACUCUCAACAUCAAAGUUCUAGACUCUCGUGUCAUCCACACGAUUCGAAGCUCUACUCACAAAAUCAAGGUCAAGGAGCGGGCUGAGCUUCAAGCUGCGAACAGCUGGGCAGACCUAGCCGAUGAAAAGUCUGGCAAGGUACUCUUAGGCCAAACAUCGCUGGUCCAGCUAGACCAGGGUCCCAUGUUCCUUGACAGAGAUUUUGCCUUGGAGAUAGUGGUUGAUGUCGGUAAAGGAAAUGCUACUCCCGAGGUCUGGAUCGAACACCACCCAGUAGAUCCCAACCAGGCGGCUUUAAUGGCAAUUCUCCAGCCCGGGCUUCUAAAUCAGAUACCCAAAACCCCACCUCGUCAGAGGGAGAUUCUAUUUCUUGUGGAUCAAUCCGGGUCGAUGGACGAUAAAAUAGAUUCCCUCAAAUCAGCCAUGCAUUUCUUCCUCAAAGGCAUUCCACUGGGAAACAAAUUCAACAUUGCACGUUUCGGCUCAACCUUUACAAGUUGGUGUCCCCAGUCAGUUCAGUAUUCAGGGGAAAGCCUUGAAGCAGCUUUGGCGUAUGUGUCAUCCUCUAUCGAUGCCGAUAUGGGAGGAACCGAAAUUCUUGACGCUGUCAAUUCAAUGCUAGGGUCUAGAGACACUGAGAUAUUGACGGACAUCUUUAUUCUCACUGACGGGCAAGUCUGGCGGCUCGAUCAGCUACUAGCGACGGUCAAGGAUGCGAGGAAAUCGUCAUUUAAUCGCAUUCGCUUCUUCUGUCUCGGAAUAGGUGACCAGGUUUCUCAUGAUCUCGUAGAGGGUAUCGCCAGCAUGGGGGGCGGAUAUGCAGAAGUUGUCCCAGCAAGUGAGCAAAACAGCUGGGAAAGCAAGCUCUUGUCUAUGGAGGCUGCAUCGGUGGAAAAUGGCCCGAUUGGGGAAGUAAAAAUAUACCUCGAAACACAUGAGGGCAAAGCAAUCAAUUGUCCGAUCAACACCACAUCUCCCUCCGAACUGCAAAACCUCAACCCAUUUAUUCGCAAUCGCGUCUAUAUGCUGUUUGACCAAGGGAUGACCAAGGAUUUUCGGAGUCUUGGCGACCGAAAACAAUAUUUUCUUAAACUUUUAUUGGAUCACCAGCAUUUUGAUGGUUCAUUCGAAUGUGCCACGGAUGAGGAAUUUGUUUGUCUUCUGGGGCAGGAUACAUUUGAUGCCGUUGCUGGUCUAGUCGAUCACACACGCUCUAGGUCUCUCUACUUCACGAUCGCUGUGAUAUACGUUCUGGAGCAGCAUUUUGCAUCGCACAAGCGGCUCUGGCACAUGAUGCACUCCAAGGCUUCCAGUUAUAUCAAAGACGCCCUUGAACAAAUUACUACCAAUGAAAUGGAAGUGAUCUGUGACGGGUUGCGGGGUAUAAGGUCUCCACUAGAUCAGGUCGGCCUGCGGCUUGAACAGAAAGAUGGCAACCCCGGGAAACAAAGUAUGCCCUCUGAGUGUGCAGAUCAAACUAGCAAACGCCUGCUGGAGACACCUCUCCGUGAUCAAGCUGAUAAAGGUCACCAAAACAUUCAACAUUGUGAAGUAAUUGUUUCUGGAGGGAAUCGGCCUGAAGAUCCUCAGUCAGACCCAGUGACUCAGCAGGCUCGCCGAGUAAUUGAGAUUGCACCGUUAGACUAA